GUCGCUGCACAAGCGUUUUUAGAGAAUUCUAUAUAUGGCAAUAAUUUUAGCUGUCAAAAGUGUCAAAAAUAUUGUCAAACGAGUUUACACAUAACCUAGAUUCUCAUGUUAGUUCCUUCGUUACGGAAGUUUAUAUCGUAUUAUAAUGGCUAAACCGAUUAGAAGCAGUGUGAGGAGCAUGUUAUUUACGAUAAUCAGUAACUAUAAUCAAGUUCGACACGACGAAAAUGAGAGAUUACUAGAAAAGAAGCGAAUAUUGGACGAAAUCAUUCAGGCGACCGCGGGCGUAGAUGACGAAAAUGUUAGAGAAACUAUUGAAAAACUAGCAAGAGAACUGAAGAAUGUUAUUGAUAAUAACGCAUCAGAAUCAAGUUAUUUAGAGAAAGUGUCUACUAUGACAGGUGUAAGCAUUCGUACACUACGCACAAUUAAAAAAGAGGGCUCUAUUAACCAAGGCCAAUGGAAUACGCCAGGGAAAAAACGACCCCGGCCACCAACUGUGUCAAAUUUAGACAAUUUUGAUGUGUCAGCCAUUCGUAAUAAAAUUAACGAGUUUUAUUGCGUCAAAAAGCAGGUACCUACUCUAAGAGCCUUACAUGCGGAUUUGAAAGAAUCUAUAGGAUUCUCAGGAUGUUGUGAAACACUGAGAAAAAUACUACACGAGAACGGAUUUGAGUUUAAAAAAAAUAAAGAAGAGCGCUCCAUCCUCAUGGAAAAGUUUGAAAUAUCUGGGUGGAGGCAAAGGUUUCUUAGAGCUAUACAUAAAAAACGGCAAGAAGGAAAAAAAAUUGUGUAUCUUGAUGAGACAUAUGUCCAUCAAAAUUAUAGACCAAAGAAGUCAUGGCAAGGGCCUUCAACUUCCGGUUUAGUUGAAAAAAUUUCCUCGGGUAAGCGGCAUAUUAUAGUGCAUGCUGGAUCAGAGCAAGGAUUUGUGCCAAAUGCUUUGCUUGUUUUUAGCACAAAAUCCAAAGCAGCUGACUAUCAUGAUGACAUGAACAGUUCAAAUUUUUUAAAGUGGCUACGAGAAAUGUUAAUCCCAAAUUUGUCUGAGCCCAGUAUAAUUGUUAUGGACAAUGCCAGUUACCAUGUAACACAAAUAAAUAAGCCUCCAACCAUGCACAGCUUAAAGGCUGACAUUCAAAAAUGGCUAAGGGAAAAUAAUAUCCCAUAUGAAGCGUGUUUCAAAAAGGAAGAAUUGAUGUGCCUUGUCGAGGAAAAUAAAAUUGGUCCCAUAUAUGCAGCAGAGGAGUUAUUGAAGCAGCAUGGGCAUGAGGUCCUUAAAUUGCCUCCAUACCAUUGCGAUCUAAACGCUAUUGAGUUGAUAUGGAGCCUCACAAAGCGAAAAAUAGCCAGCAGUAAUGUGGGGCUACCGGGUUCAGAUACGGAAAACUUGAUCCGGGAAUGUUUUGCAAUGAUUACCCCGGAAGAUUGGAAAAAAUGUACAGACCAUGUAAUAAAUGUGGAACGAAAAUACAAGUCUAAGGACAACAUUACAGACACUGAACUAGCUCCAUUCAUAAUAGAAGUUCGGGAAAGUGACAAUGACAGUGACAGUUCUCUGUCAGGCAUUGAAUUUCUUGAAUCCGAUUUUGAUUAUGAAUCUUAAAUAAAUAGGCACCUUCUUUAUAAACUAACAAUAUUAAAACUAGAUUGAAACUA